CGUAAUGUCGUCGAGACCUUCGACAAGCGUCAGCAUGAGUCCCGAGACGCACAUGCACUUGAGUCCCGAGAAGCACAUGCGCUUGGCAAAACCAUUUUCACCUUGUGCAACAUCGGUGCGGCAUCAUGACGGUAAAACGUGGAUCAACGAAGCAGCCAAGGAGGACUUCGACGAGGACCCAUGGAUGCCCGUCAAACCGUACAUGAACCGACAUCUCGACGAAUGGAACAAUAAUGAUUGGAAGGCGAUGGAGCGUGUCUGCCCUUGGGCAAGCCAUUACAAGUUUGCCAACAUGUUGGAGUUCGGGAACCUCAUUGCACUGCCUGAUGGUGUCCUGCAGCGAAAGACCCUGGACGAUAAGGGUAAACCGAUCCACUACCGUACCAGCUUCAGACGUCGCCUCGGCAACGAGUACAUCACAUCUUCCCCAUGAACUUUGGGAAGUUCGCAGAAGCAAGAGUUGGUGGACUGCGCUCGUCAGUGUUCAUUCUUGGAACAAUACCCACCCCGUUGCCCAGGGACUUCUCCACAAGCUCUAUCGUACUGUUGUGUGCGGUUGACGGAUGACGGAUGUCCUUUCGCCAGAGUGCUAUG